UACUAUACCAUUACCAAAACAAUAAUAAUUGUUCAAGAUAUUUUUAUGAAUUAAAACAGCCAAAAAUAAUUCAUUAAAAUCCUCAUUAAAACAUGUCUAACAAAGAAAACAAAAGUGUGGAAACUCUUACAAGUGAUUUAAGUAUUGAAAAUCCUCCAGUGAUUGACGAAGGCCAGAAAAAAGUUAAUGAUAUGUUGAAGAAUCGUUUGAGAAAAUAUAUUAAAAAGUUAGAUGACACAAAUACUAGUAUAACUAAAGAAGAGAGUGAAAAGAUAGAACUGGAAACAUUCAAACAGCUCUACAAACCCAAACUAGAUGGAGAAGAAGAAACAUACAAGAAGAUUCCUAAGUUUUACUUUAAACUGCCAAAACUUGACGAUGUCCUGGCUCAGAAGUUGAGAGAGGAGACCAGAGCUCAGUUCUUGCAGAAGAAAAGCAAAGAAUUACUGGACAAUAGUGAAUUGAAACAUCUUUGGAGUUUGUUGGAAAAAUCUAAUGGUAGUUACAGUAUGGCAAACAGUGAUGAGCUUACAAUUGACUACAUACAAUUUAAGAAAAUAAGAGAUGAAGCAGGACCAAAGUAUAGGCCGUACUUUACCGCAGAGGUAUUUGGCCGCCUGCAAGCAGCGGAAGGAGGUAUAGGUCGCGUGCGGGGUGUUUCUCUCUUUAAUUACGUGAUGCGCCGUGUCUGGCUUCAACAGACUAGAAUAGGCCUCUCCCUGUACGACGUAACUGGACAGGGAUAUCUUACUGAACAUGAUCUAGAAAGCUACAUAGCAGAGCUGGUGCCAUCUUUGGCCGCGUUGGACGGCCUGGACUCUUCUUUCACCUCGUUUUAUGUGUGCACGGCUGCCAGAAAGUUCCUAUUCUUCUUAGACCCCUUACGCGUAGGGCGUGUCAGGAUCCGUGAUGUUCUCUCUUGUUCAUUCCUUGAUGAUUUGUUAGAGUUAAGAGAGGAAGAUCUACCAAUGGAGCUUCAAGAGCAGAAUUGGUUCAGCGCUGCGUCAGCUCUACGCGUGUAUGGCCAGUACCUCAAUCUGGACAGGGACCAUAACGGCAUGCUUAGCAUCAACGAACUUGCAGGCUACGGUUCAGGAACUCUCACUCGAGCGUUUCUCCAGCGGGUAUUCCAACAGUGCCUGACAUAUGACGGGGAAAUGGACUACAAGACCUAUCUAGACCUGGUUCUAGCGCUAGAGAAUAGAAGACAACCGGCCGCUCUUGCCUAUUUGUUCAGAGUCCUAGAUAUUAACUCGCAGGGUUACUUGGACGCUUUCACUUUGAAUUAUUUCUUUAAGGCAAUACAGGAACAAAUGGUGGCCCACGGCGCCGAACCCGUCAACUUCGACGACGUGAAAGACGAAAUAUUCGACAUGAUUCGCCCCGAACAUCCCUCAAGGAUCACCCUUCAGGAUUUAAUCCGUAGUGGACACGGCCAUACUGCUGUGUCCAUUUUAUUGGAGUUGCACGGAUUUUGGGCGUACGAGAAUAGAGAAGCACUGGCCGCGGCUGGAGAUCAUGCUUGACAGGAAAAGAUGGAGUUUAGGAAGAAAAUUGAUAUCACUUUGCGAUAAAGUGAUAAGAGGUCUGGAUAAGACAGAAAUUGCAAACAGCAUGGCAGAACUUCACUAAAGAAAUGUACGAUUAAUAAUUGUAACACUAAGAAUUGUAUAAAGCACAAUCGCAAGAUGUCGCUGGAUAAAGGAGCACGAGACAGUUGCAUGUGGAAGUCAGUUCCCAAUAGUGGAUGUUUAUCAGUUGAUGGUGUAUGAAACAUAUCUCAUCGCGGAACGGACGACAGCGACUCUUUUGCUCGCUCUCUAAGUUGCCCAGUUGAAAGCCUUCAUACUGUGAUUUGUAUUGCAACUUCAAGCAUGUUAAUUCAAAUCAAUAAGGCGUUAAUUAAUUAAUCAAACUGUGUUGAAGUCCAGGUGUUUUGUAAGAUGAUAUUUGAAGAAAAUACUAUUUUAAUAUAAAUAGUUGGUCUUUUUACAAAAAAUUAACGAGUGGUUUAAACAAACGUUACUGAUCAAGAUCCUAUUACAACAUAUGAGUGUAAUAACUAAUAAAUAAGACCAUAAUCCGCCUGUAGUUUAGUUUUAGUGGUAAUUACUAGGGGUUAAUUUCAUGAUUAAGAAAACACCAAAUGCUGCCUGCCUGUACUGCCUUUUAAUAAUAACAAAUAACAAUAUAUUGUAUAAUAAAAUAUCAAUUCUU